UGCCAGGGAUGGUGUAAACUCUCGGUUGAGCCCUCAUUUAUUUGUAAUGAUUGAGUCGUAUCCCAUUUAGAGCUAUUCCUGGUACGCUGCACUACGUGCCUAAGCGAAGUUGCCAAUUCGUAGCAGAAUGGCCCAAGCGAAGCAAAAGGGAUUCUUGAAAAAUACUGGGAAGUUCCAGGCUGGAAAAGAUGAUGGUACUUGGAAGGAGGAUGCCUCCCAGAAGCGGCUGCAGAACUCGCUCGACAACGACGCCAUCGACACCAAGUUCGGGUUCUGCCGUGCCCGCGACGUGUGCGAGCGCGUCGGCUGGCUGCUCAACUUCCACGCGACGGAGGUGCUGGACGAGGACAAGCGGCUGGUGGGCGCCGUCGACUACUACUUCCUUCAGGAGAACGGCGGCCGCUUCAAGGUCUCGCUGCCCUUCAAACCGUACUUCUACAUCCUACCGGAGGAGGGCACCCACGAGGAGAUCGUCGCCUUCCUCUCCAAGAAGUAUGCCGGCAUCGUGGUCGGCAUCGAGCCCGUCUCCAAGGAGGACCUGGACCUGCCGAACCACCUUGUGGGCCUGAAGAGGAACUACCUGAAGCUGUCCUUCCUCACCGUCAGCGAACUGCAGAAGGUCAAGCGGGACGUGCUGUCGGCGGUGCGACGGAACAGAGAGCGGCGCCAGUCGCAGACGGCGUACUCGGAGCUGCUGACGUCGUACAUGACGGGCGCCGACGGGGACGAGCCGGACAACAAGAACCAGAUGGACAACGUGGUGGACAUCAGAGAGUAUGACGUGCCGUACCACGUGCGCGUCAGCAUCGACAACCAGCUGUUCAUCGGCAAGUGGUACAGCGUGCGCACGCGCGGCCAGGAGCCGCCGCUGAUCACGCUGCGGGCGGACCUGCUGGAGUGGCCCGACUGUAUCGUGCUGGCGUACGACAUCGAGACGACCAAGCUGCCACUCAAGUUCCCCGACGUCAAGACUGACCAGAUCAUGAUGAUCUCCUACAUGGUGGACGGCCAGGGCUUUCUCAUCACGAACCGCGAGAUUGUCAGCCAGGACAUCGACGACUUCGAGUACACCCCGAAGCCGGAGUUCGAGGGGCCGUUCGUCAUCUUCAACGAGCCGAACGAGGCCGCUGUGAUUCAGCGCUUCUUCGACCACAUUCUUGAGAUCCGACCGCAUAUCUUUGUCACCUACAACGGCGACUUUUUCGACUGGCCGUUCGUCGAAGGCCGCGCCGCCGUGCACGGCCUCGACAUGGCCCAGGAGAUCGGCUUCGCCAAGAACAACGAGGGCAUCUACGUGUCUCGUCCGAGCAUACACAUGGACUGCCUCUGCUGGGUCCGCCGCGACUCGUACCUUCCGGUCGGCUCGCAGAACCUGAAGGCCGUGGCCAAGGCCAAGCUGCGCUACGACCCGGUCGAGCUGAACCCGGAGGACAUGUGCCGGAUGGCCAACGAGGAGCCGCAGGUGCUCUCCAACUACUCCGUGUCGGACGCCGUGGCCACGUACUACCUGUACAUGAAGUACGUGCACCCCUUCAUAUUCGCCCUCUGCACGAUCCUGCCCAUGGACCCGGACGAGGUGCUGCGCAAGGGCUCCGGCACGCUGUGCGAGGCCCUGCUCAUGGUGGAGGCCUUCAAGGUCAACAUCAUCUUCCCCAACAAGCAGGAGACGGUGCACAACAAGAUCACCGAGGACGGCCACGUGCUCGACAGCGAGACAUACGUGGGCGGCCACGUGGAGGCCAUCGAGUCGGGCGUGUUCCGCGCAGACAUCCCCUGCCGGUUCCGCAUGGUCCCCGAGGCGUUCCAGAAGCUGCUGGAGAACGCCGACGCCACGCUGCGCUUCGCCAUCGAGGUGGAGGAGAAGAUCCCCAUAGAGCAGGUCACCAACUACGAGGAGGUGCUGUCAGAGGUCAAGGCCAAGCUGGAAGACCUGCGCGACACGCCUAAUCGCCUGGAGAACCCCAUCAUCUACCACCUGGACGUGGGCGCCAUGUACCCGAACAUCAUCCUGACCAACCGGCUGCAGCCGUCGGCCAUGGUGGACGAGGCCACGUGCGCCGCGUGCGACUUCAACGCCCCGGGCGCGCGCUGCCAGCGCACCAUGAGCUGGAUGUGGCGUGGCGAGGUGAUGCCGGCCAAACGCAACGAGCUACAGCACAUCCGGCAGCAGCUGGAGAUGGAGAGGUUCCCGCCGUACGUGGCGGCCGGCGCCGAGCCGACGCCCGGCGGCAAGGACCGGGCCUUCCAUCAGCUGACGCGCGACGAACAGGCCGCCAUCGAGAAGAAGCGGCUCUCCGAGUACUGCCGGCGCGCCUAUAAGAAGGUGCACAUCACACGAAUGGAGGAGCGGCGCACCACCAUCUGCCAGAGAGAGAACAGCUUUUACGUGGACACCGUGCGCGCCUUCCGCGACCGUCGCUACGAGUACAAGGCGCUCAACAAGGCCGCCAAGAAACAGCUGUCUGAGGCGCAGGCGUCUGGCGACGUCGGCGCCAUCAAGUCCAGCAACAGCCGCGUGGUGCUGUACGACUCGCUCCAGCUGGCCCACAAGUGCAUCCUCAACUCGUUCUACGGCUACGUGAUGCGGAAGGGCGCUCGCUGGCACAGCAUGGAGAUGGCGGGGAUCGUGUGCUACACGGGCGCCGGCCUCAUCACCCGAGCGAGGGAAAUCAUCGAACAGGUGGGUCGGCCGCUGGAGCUGGACACGGACGGCAUCUGGUGCAUCCUGCCCGCCUCCUUCCCGGAGAACUACGUCAUCAAGACCACCAACGCCAAGAAGGCCAAGGUCACCGUCAGCUUCCCCAACGCCAUCCUCAACUUGAUGGUGAAGGACCACUUCACCAACGAUCAGUACCACGACCUGGCGGACCCGGAGACUCUCAAAUACACCGUGCGUGAUGAGAACUCCAUCUUUUUCGAGGUGGACGGCCCUUACCAGGCCAUGGUGCUUCCCGCCUCGAAAGAGGAGGGCAAGAAGCUCAAGAAGCGGUACGCCGUGUUCAACUUUGACGGCUCGCUGGCGGAACUGAAGGGGUUCGAGGUGAAACGGCGCGGGGAGCUGCAGCUCAUCAAGAUCUUCCAGUCAUCCGUGUUCGAAGCGUUCCUCAAGGGCUCCACGCUGGAGCAGGUGUACGAGAGCGUGGCCAAGAUCGCCGACUACUGGCUGGACGUGCUCUACAGCAAGGGGGCGAACAUGCCGGACUCGGAGCUGUUCGAGCUGAUCGCCGAGAACCGCAGCAUGUCGCGCAGUCUGGCCGACUACGGCGCGCAGAAGUCCACCUCGAUCAGCACGGCCCGGCGCCUGGCCGAGUUCCUCGGCGAUCAGAUCGUCAAGGACGCCGGCCUGUCGUGCCAGUACAUCAUCUCCAAGAAGCCAGAGGGCGCGCCAGUGACGGAGAGGGCGGUCCCGUUGGCCAUCUUCCAGGCCGAGCCGAGUGUGAAGCGGCACUACUUGCGCCGCUGGCUCAAGGACUCGUCGCUCAAGGACUUCGACAUCCGCCAGAUCCUCGACUGGAGCUACUACAUCGAGCGGCUGGGCGGCACCAUUCAGAAGAUCAUCACGAUCCCGGCGGCGCUGCAGGGGGUGCCCAACCCCGUGCCGCGCGUGCAGCACCCGGACUGGCUGCACAAGCGCAUGGUCGAGAAGAACGACACGCUGAAGCAGCGCAAGAUCUCGGACAUGUUCCAGGCGGGCGCCAAGCCGGCCGCGCCGCCGCCGCCGGCCGCCGAUCGCACGGAGGCGGACGGUGCCUGCGGCGACAUCGAGGACCUGGCCUCGCCGGCCGGGCCUUCCGGCCGCCGCCCGAUGGUCACCAAGCGGAAGCGACCCACUUCUGGUGCCGAGGAGGCGGCCGUCCUGAACAAGGGCUGGCGCGAGGCCCUCGGCUCGCCGCCGCCGCUCGGCGAGGACAAGGACGCGAUGCUGGCUUGGCUGGCGUUCCAUAAGCGCAAGUGGCGCCACCAGCGGUUGCAGCGCGCCGAGCGGCAGAAGCGCGCGCGCACGGCCGGCGCUGAGCUGCCGCUGGUGACGUCGGGCGGCGGCGGGGGGCCGCGGGCCGACACGCUCGGGGGCUUCCUGCGGCGCGCCCAGCGCACCGUGCUCGACACACCCUGGCAGGUCAUCCAGGUGGUGCCCACGAACAAAUCAGGCACGUUCCGGCUCUGGUGUUUGGUUGGUGGUGACCUCCAUCUGAUCAAGCUGGUGGUGCCACGCAUCUUCUACGUGAACCAGCGCUCAGCCAAGCCCAGCAGCGAGGGUGACCUGUGGCGGCGCUGCGUCAAGACGCUGCCCCGCUCGCACCAGGCGUACCACAUGUACGAGUACGCGGUGCCCGAGGAGCUGUACCGGCAGCACAGCAGUGAGCUGAUGGCCAACCUGUCGGCGCCCGACAUCGAGGGCAUCUACGAGACGCAGACGCCGGCCCUGUUCCGCAUCAUGUCCCAGCUCGGCUGCGUGGUCCAGGUGGACCCGCGCUUCCACCGCCAGCUGUCGGCCUCCGAGACGGACACGUUCGAGCUGAACCAGCUGAUGUUCAAGCCGGUGAACCAGUACCGGUACCUGGAGCCGGGCAGCUGCCGCCACCUGUUCCUGUACCAGUACCGCAGCGGGCCGCGGGCCAUGCUCGGCCUCUUCCUCGUGCCGGCCGGGCGCGCGCUGGUCGUCGUCGUCAACACAGAGCGCUCCAACCAGAUGCCCAACCUGCGCACGCUGUACGCGGCGGAGCGCGACGGCAAGCUGGCGCGCGGCGCGGCGGCCGACGCGCUGCCGCCGGAGGAGCUCAGCUUCCAGAUCCAGCUGGAGACGUCCGAGCACGCGGCGUGCCGCAGGCUGACGCGCGCCCUGCAGGCCUACAAGGACGAGAAGCGGGGGCCCACCGUGAUCGCCGUCCAAUCGCAGCUCGAGUUCGGCUCGCUGUACGCGCAGCUGCCGAUCCUGGGCGACUUCCCGCUGGUGCCGGUGCACGUGUGCGACUCGGACCAGCUGUUCCAGAGCCUGGAGUGGCAGCGGGCCGGCGCGCGCGCCAUGCUGCGGCACUUCCUCAACUCGCCGCUCAUCCUGGAGACGACCGCCGAGCAGUGCAGGUAUUUCCACGUGCCAGUCGGUAACCUGCCGGCCGACGCCACCCUGUUCGGCGAGGAUCUCUUCUACUCCCGGCACCUCCGCAAGCACAACCACGUGCUGUGGGCGUCCCCCACUGAGCGGCCGGACCUCGGCGGCAAGGAGGCCGACGACCAGAGACUGCUGAUUGAGGGCGAGGAGCUGACCAGGGCCGACAUCAACUGUCCGGGUGCCUACGAGACCAUCUGCAUCGAACUGGACGUGGACAGCCUGGCGCCCACCGCCAUCCUCCAGUCGCAGCACAUCAGCGAGGCCGAAGGCAUCAGCUCGUACGUGGCGUUCGACGCGGCGCCGCAGGUGUCGCUGGAGGAGAUGCUGGCCGGCCAGACGCCGCAGAUGGCCUCCUACGACCAGUCCGUGCUCAGCUACGGCGCCUUCAAGGUGCUGCGCUCCAUGGUGCACUCGCUGCUGCUGGACGUCACUCAGCACCAGAACGUGUUCGCCGACUACCAGAUGGUGCACCUCUACAGGUGGCUGCGCAGCCCGCACGCGCUCCUCUACGACCCGGCCCUCAAGAAGAUCCUGCACGUGGUCAUGAAGAAGCUGUUCCUGCAGCUGAUCUCCGAGCUGCAGCGGCUGGGGGCCGUCAUCGUGUACGCCAAUUUCAACAAGGUGGUGGUGUGCACCAAGAAGCGGACGGUGUCGGACGCGCUGGCCUACAUGGACUACGUGCUGGCGUCGGUGCGCGGCAAGGAGCUGUUCCAGGGCAUGGAGAUAUCGUACACCCACUGCUGGGAGUACCUGCUCUGGCUCGAUCCGGCCAACUACGGUGGCGUGCGCGGCGCGCUGCCCAAGCCGGCGGGCACCUCCGGCUCGGGGGAUGCCCAGCAGCCGGGCGCGCCGCAGGACGCCGGCGUGGCCGAGCCCGACGACGAGGACGAGGGGCUGUCCGUCGAGAUGUGCUGGAACAUGAGCAACUACCUGCCGGAGGAGGGCGCCUGCCAGGUCAACUUCAGCACCAUCAUCGCCAGCUACAUCUCGGCCGUGUACCAGCAGAUAGCGGCGGAGGUGGACGCCUUCACCCCAGGUCGUACGCCGGUGCGGCGGCGCGUCUCCAGCCAGCCGCAGGCCAAGUUCCAGGACGCGGUCGACUUCGCCAAGAACCUCAUCACGGGCGAGAUGGCGCAGAAGCUGUUCAUGAUCACGCAGAAGAUGCAGAAGAAGCUGCACACGACGCGCGGCUCGGAGCCGAACGCGCUGUUCCCGCAGCUGACCGGCUCUCACCUGCUCAUGCAGAACCCGGCGCUCGAGUUCGUCAAGGCCAUCUGCAAGGUGCUGUCGCUGGACCAGCACGUGGAGGCGGAGGUGAGCAAGCUGCGCCGCGACCUGCUGAAGCUGAUCGGGGUCGGCGAGUUCGCCGCCGAAGCCGAGUGGGUUGACCCGUGCGUCUCGCACGUGCUGCCCGAGGUCAUCUGCAAGGCCUGCAACCACUGCCGCGACGUCGACCUCUGCCAGGACACGCACGUGGGCGAGGCGGGCGGCAGGCCGUGCUGGAAGUGUCCGCUGUGCGACACACCUUACGACCAGGACGAGGUCGAGCACGCGCUGCUCUCUGUCAUGCAGCGCAAGCUCGUGUCGUUCGUCCUCCAGGAUCUGCAGUGUGUCAAGUGCAAACAGGUAAAGCAACUGAACAUGUCGGCCAUCUGCGAGUGCGCCGGCGAGUACCGCGGCCUCGACAGCCGUUCGGACCUGCUCAGUCGUCUGCGCGUGUUCCGCAACAUCGCCACCGCCUUCAGCAUGCCCAUCCUCGGCGACCAUGUCGCCUGGCUUCUACGGCAGAGUGGCGCUGGCUAGCGGUCACCUAGAGAACUACUGGUGCGACCGGCAGACUGCGCCUCUGUGCGGCGUUUUGGAAAUGAAAUGAGGCGUCCCUGAGUUGAAAUGCUGCUGGAAUGUGUUGCCUGUAUUAAUGUGAUCGUGAUCAAUUUAUAUGGAUCAUAUAACAUCGCUUUAUGUGAUACGGUUUUCCGUUUACUCCCGCGAUGAGUGCUGGUCAUCGCGCAUUGUAUAAAAACCCCAUGCAAG